AUGGCUUCUGGUCUGGAAAACUAUGUAAAUCAGACAGUAUCGGUUAUAACUGCGGACGGGCGUAAUUUCAUUGGAACAUUGAAGGGUUUUGAUCAGACCAUCAAUAUUAUUUUAGAUGAGUCUCAUGAAAGAGUGUUUUCAUCAUCUACUGGCAUAGCUCAAGUGGUCCUCGGUCUUCACAUAAUUCGCGGAGAUAAUAUUGCUGUAGUUGGACAAAUAGAUGAAUCUAUUGACAGUAGACUCGACUUGGGCAAUAUAAAAGCGGAACCUUUAGGUCCCAUUGUGCACUGA